AUGGUCGGUCCAGGCGGUGGUCCCCCGCGCAAGAGUCACACCAAGUCUCGUAACGGCUGCAAGACUUGUAAGAGGAGACAUAUUCGCUGCGACGAGACCUUCCCGCAAUGUCGUAAUUGCACCAAACACAACUGCCGCUGCGACUACCAGGACGUUGCCGCUGGUUCAGGCAGUCCCCCAACUCCCCGGCGGGGUCCCGACCUGCUCAUGUCGCCCGACAUUGAGGCCGAAAUCGAGAACUGGCAUCGUACCGGCGUGCCUCCGUAUCCAGAGCUCUUACAGUGUCCUCGCUCAGGAUGGUCUGGACUUUCGCGUGCCGAUUUGCGCUUGAUUCACCACAUUAUCGGGCUUUCGAUUGAUCUGCAUCGGAGGGGUUUGAGCGGCUGUACUGUUUGGGCGCAGAAGAUGCCGAAUUUCCUUGCCAUUGCACUCUCUAGCGACUUUGUUAUGAGUGCUAUCCUUGGCUUGUCGGCUUUCCACCUUUCCUUCAUGACGGGAGAUCAAGAGACGAAGCAGUUGGCGUAUCGCCAUAAGGUCACUGCUCUUCAGGGCUUGCAGAAUGCUCUCGGGUCAUUCUCCAAGGAUAAUUGUGAUGCUAUUCUCGCAGCCUCUGUUCUUCUUUCAUGGCAGGCUACAGAAUCCUCGAGUUGGAUGUCCUUGCAACAUGGCCUGUCGAGUGUCCUCGAGUCUAUGCAUCCAUAUUGGAAGCAGGAGUCAGAUUUGGCACAGUUCGUAGAGAGUCAGCGUGCACUUAGCACAACGGAUCUCUCAAUGGCAGGUGCCUAUCUGCCUCUCGAUGAAGAUUUGGCUCAUCUCGACCAAACCAUACAUGCCCUCCGAAUGAUUCAGAAGCGAGUCACCCACAAUUUGGAGCACACUCAACGACUCGGUGAACUGAUUGAAUACGUCCAAAAAUUCCGUGACGACUUCCCAAGUCAGACCUCCGAACAAACCUUCGACCGCAUCCAGAUCCUCCGCCGCUGGCUCUUCUGGCUACCACCAUCCAUGCUCCGAGGCAGCGACUCAGAUCUUAAUGCCCUAGCUAUUCUCUCCCAGUUCUUUGCCGUUGGCAUCUCCCUUGACCGAUUCCUCCCAGAAAUGGGAGGCGCAUACCUAGGCGCUCUAUCCAUCGGUCCAAUCGAAGAAAACUAUCGCAUUAUCGUCGCGCAUAGCGCAACGGACCCAUUUAACGCAGAUCUAAGACUUGCUCUUGAUCUGAUGGAUAUCCCCCGCCGUAUCGUCGCCCGCUAUCGCAGACGUCUCCCUUGGUCGCCUCGCUCCUCUAUUGACCAGUACUCCCCUGGUCCACCAAGUCCAUACCACCACAACAUGACCGAAUACCCCCUCGUCACAUCUUCCUCUCCUGCAUCAGCCUCUCCCUCUUAUGCCGCAUAUACCCCACCUCUCCAAUCCCCACCCGCUGUCACAGUCGCAAGCUCCCCUUUCAACCUCCCAGAUGGCUACAUCACUGCUCCACCAUCGCAUUCUCAUUCUCUUUACCCGCCAUCUCCGCAACUCCUCGAUACGAAUGAUGCACAGCUCGCCCUUGAUUUGGGCCAUUCUCACUCUGCUAUUCCAAACUCUUCGACAUAUACGCCACCAUACGGUGGGGAGUUGCAUUGCUCUGACUUGCCCCGUGCUGAUGGCACACUCGGCUUGAACAUGGAGGUGUAUCCGCAGACGCAUCCGUUUGAGAUGCCCGGCUUGGUUGCGCCGCUUUGGACUUCAUGA